AUGGAUGAGGAGGAUUUGGAGGACUGGAAGAACAAUCAGCAGGUGAAGAGGGAGACCGCUGGUGGGGAUGAUAGGUUGGAUCAGAUGGCUGGGCUGAGGACGCAGGCAAACAGCGUGGGUCAGGAAGGUGGCUACGAUAGUCGUGUUGGAUUGCAGAGCGGUGAAGAUGUCGGAUAUAGGCUGCUGAAGAGGAUGGGCUGGAAGCCGGAUCAAGCAAUAGGUAUCGGGUCCAAGAAGGCGAAUGCUGCUAGUUCGGUAGCUAGCUCGUCGAAUGUCAAGUUGGAAGACACGUACUCUCCACGAACCUCUCGACGAGGUCUCGGUGCGAAAGAGAAACCGACACUUGCACAGACUCUGUCUCGACAACACCAAUCAGCACCAACCCCGUCUUUCCACUCCUUGACAGACACCGCAGAUGCUUGGUCAGACGGUCACCCUCUACCCUCCAACUUCCACCUCGCCCGCCAACCCCCGCCUUCACCACCGCACUUCGAACCACCGCCGAUACCCGAAGGCUGGCAACCCGAUCCAUCCCAACUCACAUCCUUUUCCUCAAGACCCUCUCCGACUACGAAGACCCUCACCCCUGCUAGCAGAGCCGCCCUUCUCGGGGAAGCCAAAAUCCCCGGCCCACCACCCAACAUCGCCGCCUACCUCUCUGAAAAGGCUCGCGAGCAUCUUACCUCCUCGUCCCACCUACCCCUCCCCUCCUCGGCCCUCCUCCCUCUCACCAUCCCAUGCAUCGACCCCUCAACAGCCACACAUGCUCUGUCCAUCUCCUCCACAACUCCACCCUUCCCCGCCGACCCAGCAAAACAAUCCCGAUACAUCGACUACCUCAACUCACAAUGCUCACGCUCAACGCAUCAACUUCAACCGCCACCAAACCUGACGCGAUCCCGAUACGCGAUGGAGCUGGACGAAUUCGCAAAGAUCGCUAACAUCAGACCGAUGAGCUCCACCAUCGCAAGCAGAUUUACAAAGGCAAGCGCCGGUGCAAUGGAGCACGAGUUGAAGGCGACCAGUGUCGUUGGUGGGCUCAGACAGCCUUUGCCAUCUUCCGCGGUGGAAGAGGAGAAGCAGAACGUGGUGGCGGAAGUGGAGAAGGAAGUGUCGGUAGCGCAAAAGGCGGCCAAGAUGGGUAACUUUGGUCAUUUGACACGCAAGGUUGAAACAUGGGCACCCGAGAGGCUGCUUUGCAAGCGGUUUGGUGUGCCUGAACCCGCGGUAUCUCGCAAACGCAAGGAAGAGGAACGGACAUCAUCCCCUGUCCAAAAGCCGCACUUCGACGAUGAUCCAGAUCCGUUCUACGGCUCAACGCAAUCCUCCAAAUCCAAGUCGCACGCCCCUCGCCCAGACCAGCACUGGGAAAGAAACAAGCAGCACUUGAGAUCCUUAGCCGCUGGUCCAACACCGCUCUCGCUCGAUGCGCAAGCUUCUUCUUCUUCUUCCAACAAUACGCCACAUAUCCCUCCAGGAACGGAAGACAUCGCACAGGAGGAUGCGAUCGGAAUGGGUGAUGACGAGAGGCAAGGUCGCGAUACGUUGACAUACGUAAAGCCUUCGAUCGAUGUGUACAAGGCUAUCUUUGCUUCUGAUGAAGAGGAGUCCUCAGGAGAAGAUGACGGUGGGCGCGACAGAGCUGUGGCGAGGCCGAAACUACAGAAUCCGGCCUCUGGAUCGGGCGUUGUGUUUCAGGCCAGGUCCAAACGCAAAGACGUUGAAGACGAAGGGGAUAAGCUGGCUGCUGCUGCAACGAAUUCACCAAUUGCAGCCGCGCAGGUCGACAAGAAACGAAAGAAAGAUAAGGCGACCAAGAAAAAGUCGCUCCUGACUUUUGACCUGGAGGAAGACGAUGGUAAUGCAUCACCAGCCGCCGCUGCGACACCGAAGGAUCCGUCUUCAAAAGCAAAGACAAAGGCUCGAAUGCGGGCUUCCGAUCUGUUCUAA